UUUUGUGUUUGUGUUUUGUUUUUGGCAAGCCUGCAGCGAAGUCUGGGAGGGUUUCCUGGACAGAGGUCCUCGGGUUGCUGCCUUAAGACGUGCAGCCCGGGCCGUGGCUGCCACUGUGUCCCGACCCAGAGCCUCUGCAGGCUGCAGCAUGGAGCUUUGGGGGGCCUACCUGCUUCUGUGCCUCUUCUCCCUCCUGGCCCGAGUCACUGCCGAGCCACCAACCGCCAAGGUCAAGAAGGCUGCAAAUGUGAAGAAAGAUGUCGUGAGCCCGAAGAUGUUUGAGGAGCUCAAGAGCCGGCUGGACAGCCUGGCCCAGGAGGUGGCCCUGCUGAAGGAGCAGCAGGCCCUGCAGACGGUCUGCCUGAAGGGCACCAAGGUGCACAUGAAGUGCUUUCUGGCCUUCCCCCAGACGAAGACGUUCCACGACGCGAGCGAGGACUGCAUCUCGCGCGGGGGCACGCUGGGCACCCCGCAGACGGGCUCGGAGAACGACGCGCUGUACGAGUACCUGCGCCAGAGCGUGGGCGGCGAGGCCGAGAUCUGGCUGGGCCUCAACGACAUGGCCACGGAGGGCGCCUGGGUGGACAUGACCGGCGGCCGCGCCGCCUACAAGAACUGGGAGACGGAGAUCACCGCGCAGCCCGACGGCGGCAAGGCCGAGAACUGCGCCGUCCUGUCCGGCGCGGCCAACGGCAAGUGGUUCGACAAGCGCUGCCGCGACCAGCUGCCCUACAUCUGCCAGUUCGCCAUCGUGUAGCCCGCGGGGCGGGACGCCCCUGCGCUGGGGCCGCCUUGCGCAAAUAAAGUCGGUGCAGCUUCGC